CCCAGCAAACGAGGCUUGGAGCACCACCAGAACCUUUCAUACAGCAGAUUACCGCUACGACAGCAAAGGUCAUCUUGAAUGCACCAAGUCAUGACUACGAUAGUUUCCAAAUACUCUUAGAGCUACAAGCUGGUGCAUCAGGUGUGGGCACUCCAUUGAGCCAACUGAUUGAAGUGGAGAGGUCUGGUUGUCCUAGCUUAAUCGUCCGAGGGUUAGAACCAGAGACCACAUAUGAUGUCAGUGUGAGUACGAAGACUGUUGAUACUAUUAGUGGUGCUGUGACGGUUCCAUUCACUACAGACUCUGCGGUGCCACUCCAGAUUUACAUUACUGACCUGACUACAUCUAGCAUGGACAUAUCAUGGAUAGAGGGCGUCGGCGAUUUCACACAAUACUUAAUCUUCUAUAGUCCAGCUGUUACCACUAAUACACUUUUAUUGGACAAAAAUGAUCCAAGAGAAAUGAGUUUAAGUGGACUUAAUGCUGGUACACAAUACACAAUAACCUUACAACAAAGUGGUGCAGAUGUAGAAUCAUCCAAUAGAAUGCAAUACACCAAACCCAACACUCCUGGAGCAAUCAAUCAAGUGUCAUCCGGCAAAAGUGACAUCUCCAUCAGCUGGGCAGGAUCGUAUGGUAAUGUUGAUGGUUACGAGAUUUGCUAUUACCCCGUGGACGGUGUGUCGUCACCAAUCACUGUAGAUACUACUAGUGCUACUAUUACUGGACUUGAGACUGAUAUGGAGUAUGUCAUCACUGUUGCUGCUUAUGUGGGGACAGGAAGUGAGCGUGUCUAUAGCGACAAGAAGACGGAGACCCUGGUAACAUCACUUGGAAGUCCGGGUGACGUAAUCAUUGUUGAUUAUACUGAUACAACCAUCUCCAUAACCUGGGUUGCAUUUAGUACACUAAUCACUGAAUAUACCAUCACCUAUGAACCAAUAGAACCAACAGGAGCAGUAGUUGUUGCAUAUGUUUCGGCAUCUAUAUUACAGUACAACUUUACUGGAUUAUCACCAGGUGUACUGUACGCGUUAACAGUAUCUGAUGGAGCUUCACAGAGCACUACUGUACAGCAACGCACACAGCCUGGAGCGCCAGUUUCAUUGAUAGUCUUCUCGUUUGACUAUCGCUCAGUCACGCUGCAAUGGGCCCCACCAAUUGAUGGCAACUUUGAUGAAUAUGAGCUUUCUUACACACCUGCUGAUGGUAGUCCCUCUUCUCCGAUCACUAUAUCCAAAAAUGACCCUACGGAAAUCACUAUCAACAGUUUACAACACAGUACACUGUACCAGUUUUCGUUGAAGACUUUUAUUGGAAGCAACAAUGACGAACAAUGGAGUUUAUCAGUAGAUGCUAGUAUUAUUACAGCUGCUGCCCAGCCAGGUGCGAUUACAGUUGAGGAAGUUCUGACAACAAGCAUUAAGAUAUCCUGGGUUGCACACACAGGAGACUUUACUACAUAUACAGUGAGUCAUAAUGUGGUUGGUAUGUCACAGACUACAGAAAGGACAAUCAGCUCAAGUCAACUAGAAUACACGUUUACUAAUCUAUCUCCUGGUAGUGAAUAUAUGUUCUCUGUCACUGCGGUUGGACCUGAUACAACAGAAUCUGUCAUGGAAAGAACAUACCCAUUGCCACCAGAUGUGAUCAAUGUCAAUCAGUACACCACAAAUAUGAUAACUAUCACAUGGUCAGCUGUAACUACAGGCAUGUUUGAUACAUAUGAAGUCCAUAAGAGGGAGUUACCAGACGGUAUCAAGACAACUGUUGUCAGCGUUGUGCGAGGCGGUACUUUGGAAGCUUCUAUCACUGGUCUGCAGCCUGAUACUGAAUAUGAAAUAACAAUCUAUACCAGAAGCGGUAAUUUGAAUAGUGAGGUCACUAUGGUGACGCAGAAAACAAAAGCCAAUGCACCUUCUCCUAGCAGUAUAACAGUUAGCAGCUAUAGUACUACGGAGGUCACUCUGACCUGGCAACCUCCAGAUUCUACGGAUCCUUUUGAUUACUAUGAAUUAGUGUAUUCACCAGCGGACGGCGACUACGCAGAGACAAUACUUUUGGCUAAUACUCUCGUAUCUCAUACAUAUACUGGGCUGAGACCUGGUGUGGUAUAUACUUUUAACGUGUACACGACCGUUGGAUCACUGAGAAGCAAUCCUGCUAGUUUGAUUCAAAGAACAGUGCCUGAAAUGAUUACUGUCAUCACCCUGGAAACUGUUAGCACGACAGCUAUUGAAAUUAGCUGGCAGCAUGCCACGGGUACUUAUAGCAAUUAUGAGAUAAUCUACUCACCAGAUGGUGGAAUUUCAGCCACACCUAUCACAGUGUCCAGUAAUGUGAAUUCAUACACUAUACUUGGACUUGAACCUGGUACUGUGUAUACUAUUGACAUCUAUACUAUCAGUGGAAGUGAAAGAAGUGAAAAGACAACCAUUCAGCAGGCUACCAGGGGUGAAAUGCCAGGUACCAUAUCUGUGCUUUCCUACUCAACAAACACUAUCAAGAUAUCGUGGGUGCAAGCCACAGGUCAGUUUGAACAAUAUGUUGUGACUUACAAUCCAGCUGAUGGUGAACGUGCUGUGGAGAGCUCAGUACCUAAGAAUCUUUUAGAGUUGGAAUUCCGUGGUUUAACACCGGGACAAGAAUACAUCUUUGGAGUUGCUACCAAAACUGGAGAAGUUAAGAGUUCACCUUCUACUAAAUCACAGAGAACAAAACCAAUGGCUGUAGCAUCAUUGUACAUCACAACAGUAGAAGUGACUUCAUUGAGUUUUGCCUGGACACCACCAUCAGAUGGCAAAUACGAUAGCUAUGAGAUUACAUACAGUCCUGUUGAUAGUUAUGUAACAUCACCUACUAUUGUGGAUGAUUCUGAUACUGCAUUUACAUUGGAUUCCUUAAAACCGGAUACAACAUACUCUAUCAAUAUAGUAACACUGAGCGGCAGUGAGCGAAGUGAACAACAGACAAGGAUACAGGGAACUGAUCAAGCCACCGGUAUAGAAAUUUACUUCACAAACAUUCAGACAAAUCAGAUGACUGUACGAUGGACCUCACCUAUUGAAGCAGUUACCAGUUACCAACUAGUUUACAAUCCAUUGGGUACCACUUCUUCUGUAAACAAUCUUGACCAUGAUGAGACUGAGCUUACACUGACAGGACUGACUGGUGGAACAGACUAUACAGCAGUUGUCACUGCUCAAUUGCAGAGCGGUGCAGAAAUUGAAGCCGAGCAGAAGUCACAGAGGACACUUCCAAAUCCCCCAAGAUCGCUGACCGUCACCACAUAUGACAGUUCUACGAUUCAUAUUAGUUGGAUUCAACCAAGUGUCGGUGUGUACAGUGGUUAUGAUAUCUACUAUUCGCCAGCCGACGGCACGUCAGAUGCUAUAACACACGUUAGCAAUUCCAUCACGUCUUACACUAUCUCAGGACUAACAGCGGGCCGGGAUUAUUUUGUCUCCGUUAGAACCACUCAGGACUCUGUUAAAAGCACUAGUAUUGUUGAAACGCAUGUAACAAAACCAAAUGCAGUUCCAUCAAUUGAUGUUGUGGAAAUUAAAUCUGAUUCUAUCCUCUUUUCGUGGGAGGCCCCUAAUGGUGAUUAUGACGGUUAUGAAGUAUCCUAUGGUAAACUUGGUGAUGUGACCACAGCACACUUAUUCCAACUUACUGAUCCACGAGAAUGGCAGAUGUCUGGAUUGACGUCAGGAACCACAUACGAAAUUAUUGUUGUGACAACAAGUGGUUCAGAUUCAACUAGUGGUGUUGAAAAAAGUGAUCCUACAAAGUUGCAGAUCACCACAACACCCUUACCACCUGUGGAUUUAUCUGUAACAAGCUAUGACGACACAUCAAUAACAGUCACAUGGUCUCAACCAGCAAGUACAUUAUUUGAUGAGUAUGAGUUGUCAUGGUCACCCUCAUCUUCGGACGGAGCUUCUGAGAGAACAGUUGAUAAACUUGAGACAUCUUCUACAAUACAACUGCUAAGACCAGGUGAUAUGUAUACAAUAUCUCUUGUUGCUAAGAGAGGAGAGUCUACCAGUGAUGCUUUGAGCCUGACUCAAAGAACAGUACCAUCUUCUCCAGGAGCUCUCACAGUAGAAGAUGUGACCACCAACUCCUUAACAGUAUCUUGGGAGGCAGCAGUGAACGUUUUCAAUUCCUAUAUUGUAACAUACAGCCCAGAUGCUGUGACUGACUCACCAACGGAACUGCAGUCAGGUGUUACGCAGAUCACGCUGGAAGGGUUAACACCUGGUGAGACAUACACUGUCAGUGUUAGUACACUAUCUGGUGAGGAGGAAAGUCAAGCAGUGUAUAUCAGUGACAACACAGUUCCUGCAAAACCAGGUGAGAUCACUUUGAAUGAAGUCCGAGCAUCACAUAUAAAACUUAGCUUUGCUGCCGCUGAUGGCGUCGUGGAUGAAUAUAAAAUGACAUACACUCCUUCUGAUGGAGAUUUGUCAUCACCUUACACUAUUGCGGCCGAUACAAGAUCCGUAGUCAUCACUGGUUUGCAGCCUAAUGUUGAAUUCACUAUAAGAUUAUUCUCAUUGUCCAAUGGUAAAGAAAGUAUCCACCGUGAAGUUAUUACAACUACGCCUGAUGAACCCGUAACCUUAGAUAUUAUCGUGAAUGAGAUCUCUGAAGACACUAUCGCAAUACAAUGGACCGCACCAAGUGGAGACUACACGCUGUACUCGAUAUCAAAAAGCCCGGAUGACGGAAACCCCAAAUCACCGAUAUCUAUCCUUAAAGAACAGACUUCUCAGACGUUUUCUGAUUUGACUCCCGGUCGUGAAUAUCAGAUCACAGUACAGACAGCUAUUGGGAAUAACCUCACUGAUCACGGCAUUGAUAUUGUCACUGAAAGAACAAAGCCAGCCGUGCCGGGUCAAAUCGUUGUGAAUGCUGCAGAUGUUACUGAAAAUCGCAUCCAUUUGUCAUGGUCUCCAUCAGAAGGUGUUGUUGACCAGUAUGAGAUCAGUUAUAGUCCUGACAAUGGCAACGACAAUUCACCUGCAAUCCUUGAUGCCACGAAAACAGAUUACACGUUUACUGGCCUCCAGUCAGCGAGUGCAUAUACAAUUGGAAUUAAGACAAUUGCUGGCAACCAUCGGAGCGACACUAGACAAACUACUGUGUAUACUAAACCACCAACUCCAGAGGAUUUUGUUAUCACAGACUCGGAUACAACAUCUAUAGAUCUAUCCUGGGUACAGCCGACUGGUGUUAACAUUGAUCGAUACAUAGUUACUUUAAACCCUCCUCGGGAUGACGGAGUUGCUGACUUUGACGUUCCUGACACUGUUUCAGCAUACACUCUUGUAGAUCUAAAACCAGGCAGAGAGUACAAUAUUGGUCUGAAAACUGUUGUAUUAGUUGGAAGUACAGAGGUUAACAGUGUUGCCGCAACUGUUGCACAAACCACUACUCCGACACCACCUCAAAGUGUUACAGUAAAUCCAGAUGACAUCGGUCCCAUAUCUGUGAGAGUGUCUUGGGAACCAUCUACCGGUGAAGUGGAUGAAUACGUCAUCACAUACAGUCCGUACACCACACCGACAGCACCACAGAUAUCAGCGUCGCCAUUGGAAACGUCUAAAGAAAUCAUUGGUUUGGAUAAUGCACAAUCUUACAUAUUCACCAUCACUGCAUACAGUGGAGGUUUACAGAGUACAUCUCUUACAACAGAACAGAUCACGACACGACCUUAUCCACCAGGCCCUGUUGAAUCAAUCGAAGUGACCAAAUCUUUGAUUGAAGUCAGCUGGACUGAACCCAUUGGUGGAGAAGCAGACGAGUAUGAAGUCAGUAUUGCAGUUUUUGGGUCAAAUGAGUUAAUUGAGGUUGCUACAACAACAGAACUAAUGUAUACUUUUAGUAACUUGGAUUCUUUUGUGACAUACAUUAUAAGUGUGAGCUCCAGGAAAGGUGGUCUUAUGAGUCAAGCGUCAACGUUUCAACAAAGAACUUUUCCAGAUGUACCUGGUCCUGUACGUGAUUUCAAAGUUGCACUUGAUGAUUUGACUGUAGUGGCAUCAUUUAAGGCUCCGGAAAAACCAAACAGUAUUAUCGAAAUGUACAUCAUAAAAUCUUCUGGUACCAGUACGAUUGACGGGGACGUACAUAAUCUGAAUCCUGUGUUGAUUGUUGCUGAUCCUACUGUAGUUGAAUACACCGAUCAAAGAUUUGCUGGUUUGAGGGCUGGAUAUACAUAUACAUUCACUAUUCAAGCUAAAAGUGAUCAGGGAAAUAGUACUGAAGAACCGAGUGUACCAAGAACACUCACUUUGCCUAUAUCCCCUCCGCCUGUUCCUGAAGCGAGCUCUGAUGCAUUAUCUCGUCAAUUAUUCAAAAGCUCUACUCAUAAAACUAUCACAAUCACUUUAUGGGAUGAUUUGUUCGAUGAUAGCCGGGGACCGAUUUUAUCGUAUUCUAUUCUUGUUGCAGAAGCUAGUGCUAAACCACUGGCCGCCUCGGAUGAACCGCUCGGGUGGACAGAAGUACAGAGUCUGACACCAUGGCCGAUCUAUCAGACUAGUGAACGGUUUAACCCAUUUACAUCCGAUUCUGCCGGACGACGAAAGAAGCGCGCUUCCCAGGCAGACUAUGUGAUUGGUUCAGAAGAUUGUGCUUUGGACACUGAUAAAUAUUGUAAUGGUCCAUUGCAGCCAUUGUCACAAUAUGUUGUAAAAGUGAGAGCAUAUGUUGAUCAAUACCAAUAUACAGAUACUGAGUGGACAUCCUCGUUGAGUACUGAGUAUGAUCCUUGGUGGUUUGGAUAUGCAGUUAUUGGUAUUGUAGCUCUUGGUAUCAUUGUCAUAUUGAUUAUAGUAUGCUGGAGAUGCUGUUGUGCACAAUCAAGACGACGUGCUGAAGAUUAUCGCUAUAAACGAAGCAUAGAUGGAGUAGAAAACCCUGCAUAUGUACGCAACACUGAAGUACGUCGUGAAUCGCCCACGUUUGUGAUGCGUGAAGCAAGACAACCUGCACCUGUCCAGAAAUCCAGUGUUUCCGCUGCCUCGUCACAGAAAAACGUCACAAUACAAACUAAACCACAGGGAUUAUCCAGACCUGUACGUAUCAGUAAAUAUGCUGAUCACUACAGACAGAUGGCAGCCGACUCUGAAUAUAGGUUCCAAGAAGAGUAUGAUGUGAGUCACUUGUUUUCCAAAAAUCAUUACUAA